CGACGGGUCCGACUCCUCCUCCUGCCCCGGGGCCAUGGCUUCCUCUGGAGGCAAAUCUCUGGACAGGAGCUCGUUCCUGUGCUCACCUGGAGACAUCGCCAGCGCCGACGCCUCGGAGAUGGAGGAAGGCUUCAGCGAGAGUCCGGAGGGUUUGGAGCAGGACAGUGCAGCAGCUUCCAGUGGAGCUCCUCUCAGAGGUCGCUCCGCCGUCGGCAGGAAACAUCGCUUUGAUCUGGCUGCUCGCACGCUGUUAGCCCGCGCUGCCGGACUGUACCGCUCGGUUCAGGCUCACCACAGCCAGUCACGUCGGGAAGUCUCGGCCCUGCAGCAGCAACAAGACCCGGGAGCCCUUUACGACUUCAACCUGGACGAGGAGCUGGAGAUGGACCUGGACGAGGAGACGAUGGAGGCCAUGUUCGGCCAGGACCUCGCCAGCGACACCGACAUUCUGGGAAUGUGGAUCCCGGAGGUACUGGACUGGCCAACAUGGCACGUAUGCGAGACGGACGAUCGGGACGAGGUGGUGGUGUGCGAGCUGUGCGAAGCUAACGUGGCUAACUUCAAUCAGCACAUGAAGAAAAGCCACCCGGGCUGCGGCCGAAGCGCCAACCGGCAGGGUUACCGCAGCAACGGCUCCUACGUGGACGGCUGGUUCGGAGGGGAGUGCGGCAGCGGGAAUCCUUACUACCUGCUGUGUGGAGCCUGCAGAGAGAAAUACUUAGCCAUCAAGAGCAAGGCUAAAGUUCCCAUCGUGGAGAGAUAUAAAGGACAGGCUCCUGACCUCCUGGGGAAGCAGGACAGUGUCUAUGAAGAGGACUGGGACAUGCUGGAUGUCGACGAGGACGAGAAGCUGACAGGAGAGGAAGAGUUCGAGCUCCUGGCCGGCCCGUUGGGUCUGAGCGAGCGAAGGAUCGUCCCCGAAGCGGUCCAGUUCCCCGACAGCGACCCGCUGGGAGCCACCGUCGCCAUGGUGACGGCCACUAACAGUAUGGAGGAGACUCUGCUGCAGAUCGGCUGUCAGACGUCGGUGGAUAAGAGUUCAUCGGGCAGAGUGACCCUCGGAGAACAAGCGGCCGCCCUGCAGAACCCCCACGACCGAGUGAUGGCUCUGAGGAGAGUAACGGCCGCGGCUCAGGUGCUGCUGGCUAGGACGAUGGUGAUGAGAGCGCUCUCCCUGCUCUCUGUCAGCGGCUCCAGCUGCAGCCUGGCAGCCGGUCUGGAGUCUCUGGGUCUGACGGACAUCAGGACUCUGGUCAGGCUCAUGUGUCUGGCGGCGGCGGGCCGAGCCGGUCUUUCCACCAGUCCCACGGCGGGCUCCGGACACAGCGAGAGACCUCGAGGAGCCGCCAAGGCCAGCAAACCCAUCUCCUGUUUGGCUUACCUCAGCACAGCGGUGGGCUGCUUGGCCUCCAACAGUCCCAACGCCGCCAAGCUGCUGGUGCAGCUCUGCACUCAGAACUUGAUCUCCGCGGCCACCGGCAUGAAUCUGACCACCGUGGACGACCCCAUCCAGAGGAAGUUCCUGCCCAGCUUCCUGCGAGGCGUAGCCGAGGAGAACAAGCUGGUCACCUCUCCUAACUUUGUGGUGACGCAGGCGCUGGUGGCCCUGCUGGCUGAUAAAGGAGCCAGACUCAGACCUGCUUAUGACAAGGCUGACAUGGAGAAACGAGGCCCUCUGGAGCUGGCCAACGCUCUGGCGGCCUGCUGCCUUUCCUCCAGACUCUCCUCGCAGCACCGUCAGUGGGCCGCUCAACAGCUGGUCCGCACGCUGGCCGCACACGACCGAGACAAUAACCAGAGCCGGCCGCAAACCUUCGCUGACAUGGCCGGAGAUCUGAGGAAGUGUUCCUUCAUCAAGCUGGAGGCUCAUCAGAGCAGAGUGAUCUCGUGUAGCUGGUGCAGUAAGAAAGGUUUAUUGGCUACGAUAGGAAACGACGGGACGGUGAGAGUGUGGAACGUCACCAAGAGUCAGUACACUCUGCAACAGACCUGCAUCUUUAAUAAGGAUGAUGGAUCCACAGAGGAGGGCAUGUCAGGUUUGGGCUCCCCCAGCGAUGUCUCCUUGUCUCCUCUGUCCUGGAGCGUCACAGGAAGAUAUCUGGCCUCCGCUAUGGAAAAAAAUGGUCAACAUCUGGCAAGUUAA